AAGUGAUGUUUGCCACUCUUGCUUCCUCUCAUGUGAAGCAGAUUGUUGCAAUGUGCAGUUCCUUCGAUUAUAUCUUUGCAAAUAUUUAUAUCAUAUUUUGUCAUAAAAACAGAUUCCUGAAUUGCUGCACUUAUGCUGUCUUGAGAUGAAUGUAACGGAGAGAUGGACGAACUCCUCCAGCGUGAACGAUUCGGACUGCCGCCCGUCUGAGAAGCAAGAACAGAAGGUAUUCGUCGCGUUGCACUUGGCUGUGAUCCUGAUCGGCAUCCCGUCCAACGUCUUCUUCCUAUUUGUGUCAUACCGGCUCAUCCGUCUGAAGAACGAGUUGGGCGUUUAUCUGUUUAAUCUGGCUCUCUCGGACCUCUUGUUUAUCACGUGUUUGCCCGUGUGGAUUCAGUUCGCUCUCCACGACACGUGGAUUUACGGAAAGACCGCAUGUGUCGUGUGUGUUUUCCUGCUCUUCACAAACUUCUACACCAGCACCGUACUUCUCAGCUGCAUCGCUGUGGAUCGCUACUUAGCCAUCGUUCACCCGCUACAGUUUUGCGAGUUUAGAAAGCGCAGGAUUGCAGUCGGCGUGAGCAUUGCCGGUUGGAUUUUUAGCGUCGUAUUCAAUGCAAUCACUGUGGAUCCAGAUAGUGUCUACGAAGAUAAGGAGGAUUAUUCAAUCUGCUUGGACCUAUUUCCUUUGCCACAUCUGCAAAAACGGGUCAACGUCGCUCGUUUUGUCGUAGGUUUCCUCAUUCCUGCAUUGGUGGUGGGUUUCUGUUAUUGGCAGAUCUAUUCAGACAUAAAGAAAAACCGAACUCUGGGGUCGAUGGAGCGCCGGCAUGUGUUCAAGCUUCUCGGAGGCAUUUUGCUGACUCUUUACUUGUGUUUCGGGCCUGUGCACAUCAUGAUGGUUUUGAGGGUUUUGCUGGAGGAUUGUCCGUAUCCCAACUGGCUCUUCAUCGGAUAUAAGGCCAGCGUCUUCCUCUCUACGCUCAACUGCCUUGCCGAUCCGCUCCUGUACGGCUUAACGAGCAGAACGGGUCAAACCAGUGCUUCAAACUUGUUACUCGUCUUCAGGAGAAUAUGGAAGAAAGAGGAGCAAAGAGAACCGCAAAACAACCAAAUCCUUGGAACUGGAAUGGAUUCCAAUCACAAAAGCCCUAUUUACUGUACAUCUGAAUUACAGUUGUGAUUGGAUCAAGCUGAUGUUUAUAUAUGCUAUAGUGUUUUUAAAAAAGAACGGGACUGAAACCAAGGAGUGAAAUGAAAGGAAGAC